UUCUUUUGUUAAGAAGAGUUGGAAUGUUUCUUGUGGUUCCUUCAAUCGGUGGAUGUAAAUCAACAUUGGUGAACACCGUACAAGGAGCUGUUGUUGCAGAUCCAGUGGUUAAGCUAAGAACUAAUUUCUCACUGACACUGUUUUGCUUAAAUUUUUUUUACAUCGAACCUACUCUCACAAGUAGCACUUUUUUUAGAAAAUGGGCUAGCUUCAAGUUCUUAUCAGAUUUGGUGGGUUUUCUUAUUAAGGCCCACACGAAAAAGAACUUAAACGCGGACGUUACUCUUCAAAACAAAUCUGUUACACAAGUCCAGCAAAUAACUUCGCCUAAACAAAAACGAACAAAAACUAUGAAACUGGCCGUUAUCCAGAACCUUCCACGACUUGGAUUAACAAUAACGACCGCAUCUCUUAGAUCUUCUCCCUUACCCUCUCUCAUCUCCACGCGUCGUCUCAGAAACCCCUCCUUAACCACCAGAGCCACCUUUACUCGCCGCAAGAAGGACAUACACCAAGAACGCGCAUCUCUGAUCUCCGCAGGGACGAUAACAAUGCCUCCUGCGAUUGAAUUCGAUCAGUUCAUUCUAGCGACGUUCUUCGCUUCUCUAUUCGCGUUAGUGCUUGUGUACGUUUUGCGUCGGAGUAGUCGUAGAGAUGAUGCGGAUUCAAAUCGGAGUAAGAAGAAUCGUGGCCUCGUUCAGAACGAUGCCGUCGUAUCUAGGAAUGUUGCUGAUUCCGGAAUCGAUGUUAUAAUCGUUGGAGCUGGUGUUGCUGGUGCCGCUCUUGCUCAUACUCUCGGCAAGGAAGGACGAAGAGUUCACGUUAUAGAAAGAGACUUGUCUGAGCAAGACAGGAUCGUUGGUGAAUUGCUUCAACCUGGUGGUUACUUGAAGCUAAUUGAACUCGGCCUUGAGGAUUGUGUGAAAGAGAUAGAUGCUCAACGAGUUCUUGGUUAUGCUCUUUUCAAAGACGGGAAGCACACUAAACUUUCUUACCCCUUGGAAGCUUUUGAUUCGGAUGUCUCCGGGAGAAGCUUCCACAAUGGGAGAUUUGUGCAGAGAAUGCGAGACAAAGCCGCUACUCUUUCAAAUGUACGAUUGGAGCAAGGAACAGUUACGUCUCUUCUUGAAGAGAACGGGACGGUCAAAGGGGUCCAAUACAAGAAUAAAGAGGGCAAUGAGAUUAGAUUGUAUGCUCCUCUCACAGUUGUAUGUGAUGGUUGUUUCUCCAACUUGCGUCGCUCUCUCUGCAAACCUAAGGUGGAUGUACCCUCUACUUUUGUGGGUCUUGUCUUGGAGAACUGUGAACUACCAUUUGCAAAUCACGGCCAUGUUGUUCUCGCUGACCCAUCACCCAUCUUACUAUACCCCAUCAGCAGUUCACAAGUCCGUUGCUUAGUUGAUGUACCCGGUCAAAAACUCCCUCCUAUCGCAAACGGUGAAAUGGCAAAGUAUCUAAAAACACACGUUGCGCCUCAAUUACCACCUGAGGUUCGUGAAGCCUUCAUCGCCGCGGUUGAAAAGGGUAACAUCAAAACCAUGCCGAACCGAAGCAUGCCAGCUGAUCCGGUUCCUGUCCCUGGAGCACUUCUUCUAGGCGAUGCAUUCAAUAUGCGACAUCCUUUAACCGGUGGUGGGAUGACAGUGGCGUUGGCGGAUAUAGUUGUGCUCCGUGAUCUUCUUAGACCAAUUCGCAGCUUUAAAGACAAAGAAGCACUCUCUAAGUACAUUGAAUCAUUCUACACACUUCGAAAACCUGUAGCUUCCACCAUUAAUACAUUGGCGGGUGCCUUGUACAAGGUCUUCUUGGCAUCUGCAGAUGAAGCGAAAACAGAAAUGCGUGAAGCUUGCUUUGAUUAUCUUAGCCUUGGAGGUGUUUGCUCAUCUGGUCCGGUUGCGUUGCUCUCUGGUUUGAACCCUCGUCCUCUGAGUUUAGUUCUCCACUUCUUCGCUGUGGCGCUCUUUGCUGUUGGUCGUUUGAUGCUACCAUUUCCUUCGAUUAAAAGCUUCUGGCUUGGAGCUAGGGUCAUCUCGAGUGCUUCAGGCAUCAUCUUCCCCAUAAUCAAAGCAGAGGGAGUUAGGCAAAUGUUCUUCCCUCGUACCGUUGCUGCCAUAUACCGCACUCCUCCCCCUCAAUGAUCCAUUACAUUGAAUGAUCAAAGCUAUUCAGGCAAAUUCUAUUAACUUUUGUCUUAUAUCUGUGUUGAUUAAUGAUAAUCAUUGUGGAUAUUUAGACAAGAGAUCUCUGGAACAAAAGUGUAACAUAGCUCCCUUAGUAUAUAUGUGAUUGAGAGCAAAGAUUCUUGUAAGUUCAUCAAUGUAAAAAAAAAAAGUUAGCUUGAA